UUAUUAUUAUUAUUAUUAUUAUUAUUAUAUUAUUAAUUAUUAUUAUUAUUGAGACCUUUUGUUGUAUUAUUUUCAAUAAAAUGAAUUGAAAAUAUUAUUUUUCAUCUUCCUUUUAUUUUAGCUUUUUCGAGCGGCUUCUAAAUCGUAUCGAUCGUCAAUUUCUUUAAGGAUAAAUUAAUGAUCGAGAGAAAAAGCCUUUCGAGAAGCAUCGUUAUGUAAAAGUAUUUUAUUUAAAUUAAAAAAAGCUUUACAUUCAUUUCCUCGCCAUAAUUCCUUCUAUUUUGUUUCUAUUUUCUUUUCUUUUCAUAAAAACAGUUCUCAUCUUCGUCAUUCAUAAAAUUUCAUUUCUUAUCAUUGGCCGCGUCUGUAAACAAUUUUCUUCCCAAAGCUAGAAUAUUUUUUUCUUCUUUUUAAUUGUCAAAUAUUCCUUUCAAAAACAUAAACACAAUACAUACAUACAUAUAUACAUACAUAAAUAAUCACACGCCGUGCACAAGAACAUAUAUACACACACACACACGCAGAGACACACACGCGCGCGCAGUUCUUUCUCUCCACGUUUAUACUUCUUCUUCCCACUCUCGCGUAUCUCCGCGAUGAUUUUCGUAAACUCGAAAGAACGGGGACGUCGAGAAGCGGUUUAAAAAAAUGAAAGAUAAUGCGAGGACAAAUGGAAACAGAAAGAUAAAAAGAAAGAAAACGAAAGAGAGAGAGAGAUAGAGAGAGAUAGAGAGAGAGAGAGAGAGAGAGAGAGAGAGAGAACGACGAAGAAGGUACGAAAAGAUAAGAAUGAUAAAAGUGGAAAAAAAAUAGUUUAAAAAGUCACACACACGUACACACGUUACACACAUACGCGUACACACACACACACAUACACACAUUACAAAUGUACUAGGUAAGUUCAUAACUGCGUAUUGCCUUUCUGACUUCGGUGUGAAAAUAUAUAAAUAAAAAAAAGUCAGUCGUGCCAGGACUCACGGAUUUUCGGAUUAAUCAUACAAUAUUUGUUAGUUUAGUCGGCGACAACGCGAUUGGUUGGCUCUCUGUUCCUUCCAUCAGCCUGAUUCUUCUUCUUAUUUGUCCUUUUUCAUUUAUACAUAUAUAUAUAUAUGUAUAUAUACAUGUAUAUAUAUAUAUACAUAUAUAUACGUAUACAUAUACAUAUAUACAUAUGUAUUUCUCUUUUCUUUUGAUAUGAGAAGAUCCGAUCGUAAAUGUCUUCUCGAAUAUAAAACUGUAUUAAUUUCUAUAUUAAGGCAGAUUUUCUCCCUACAGAAUUUUCUUCUCGCUCGCACUUUUUUACUUAUUCGUUUAUAAUAUUUUGUCGAGGAAGGAUCGGGCAUAUCGCAAAGACCUUUUCCACGAUAUUCCGUGAAUAAUCUCAUACCGAAAUCCGCGCGUCCAAGGCCGGCUGUGUCUGUUUCAUGUUUUUCAAUAUUUGUAAUUUAUCGAUAAAAUUAUAAAAGGUAUCGAUACAUAACAGUCUAAAGUGUGCGCUACUCUACAUAAUAUUAUUAUAUAUAAAGUAUAAAAGUAUACAUUAUAUAUAAAUAUAUAUAUAUACAUAUAUAUUAUAUAUGAGAAGUAUAAUAUAUAUAUAUUAUACACACAUUGGGAUUGGUGAAAAUAUACGGUUUUUUCGCUUUGGAGUGUUAUUUUCUGAAAAUAUUGAACAAAAUAUGGAAAAAAAAUGAAUAAAAUCAAUGAAUAAAAAACAAGCCAGACGUUUUCAGUGCGAUUCCUCUUUGCUCACUUUAUGCCCAUUGAUUUUUUUGUUUUGUUUUACAAUAUCAGUUACAUAAUGAAACAUCUUCGCUCUAUCUAUUAAUCGAAAAUGAUGCAAAAUGAAGAAAUUGAUCCGCCCAUUGAAACGGCGAACUCUUCUUCAGUUAGAUACAUGAGUACAUUACCGGAUUUUUUCAACAAUACUAUUGGAAAAACAUUGAAAAUUGAGAAUUUCAAGCCGCAAAACAUAAUCGAAGUAUUAGGAGAUUUCCUUGGUAUCGUAAACUAUAAUACAAACUUAGCAUCAUUUUGGUUUUUGGAUAUCUUAGCUCUACAGAUACUUCGAAAUAAUGACGUCUUUGAUGACUAUUCUCGUGCUAUCUUUAUCAGCUGGCUAGUAGGAGAAAUACAAUUGAUUCGAGAUAACAAAUUUUCACGUGAAAAAUUCUUCGAGGAAAUGGAAGUUUUAUUCGCUGCCACAGCUAUGAAAAUUGUUCAAGGCGAAGAGAUUCCUCAUUGGAAUCUAAUUACAUUUGGUGAUGCAGAGAUGAAAUCGGAAAUAGAAGAGGAAGAGCGAAAAUUAUCGCAAGAACACGAUUUAUCGUCUCUACAAAAUUUGGAAUCGAAAACGCAGACUCCAAUAGAAAAAAUAUCGAAGGAAGAAAUAAAAUCGGCAGAGAUGCUUUUAGACGUAAUUAUUCGAUCAACGUACGACAUGUACGCUGGCGAAGUACGUUAUACUCUCGUUUAUACGGUAUUUGUGGAACCAAUUGAGAUAAAAGUUCACAAUCUACCUUUUAGUAUUCGAAAACCCCGUCCAGUUAAAUUAAUAGGCUCCGAUACUGGACAUCUUUAUUUACGACUUCGAGAGGCUUUGCAAAAUGUCGAAGGAAAGGAUGGCAAAAAAUUGAAAUCAAAAAAAAAUCUGACAAAUACGAAGAAACAAUAUUUAGAUAAGGAAUUGGAUACAGAAUAUCCAUUACAACCAUCGAAUUCUUUAUCGGAUGAAGAGUUUAUUUCGUUGAAACGUAGUUUCAUUUUACCAUUAAUAGAAUCGAAUGAAGCUGCUGAUAUUUUUCAUUUUUAUGAACAGACAGUCUAAUUAUUGGAACAAUUUAAGAAUCAUUUAAUUAUAAAUUAGUAUGGUAUAGGCAUUGAUUUUCUUUAUUUAAUAUUCUAUUAUAUACAAUAAGAAUAUUAUCUAUUAGAAGAAACAAUUUCAGUCGAUAUCAUUGUACCCCAUUCUUCGCAUUUAAAGUCUAUUAUAUUUUUACAAUCUAAAGGAAUGUCUAAUUUAAAAAAAAUCGUAGAACUUGUAACUUUUUGCCGUGACUGUCCUAAUUGUCCAUAUUUGUUGGAACCACAACCCCAGAGUGUUUUGUCAUCUGUUAAUUAAAAAAUUAAAAAAUAUAGGAAAUUGCAUUCGACAUAAUUAAAUCGUACUAACCCAUCAUACAAAUAGUAAAUGUAUUUCCACAUUGUACUUUUUUUACAUUUAUAUCUAUGCAUUCCUCUUUAUCAUUUUUGAAAUUGAUGACUGUAGGAAUUGCUACGACUUUGGUAUCUCCGUUUGGUAUGCCUAAUUCUCCGUUUACAUUCCAUCCCCAAGUGUAAAGAUCUCCCUAAUUUUUAUAAACAAAAAUUUUACGAUUUUUUUUUUUUUUUAAUCGUUUAAGUAUUAUUAAAUUGAUUAGUAACCUGAUCUGUGACAACAGCAUUGUGCCAACCAGCAGCAGAUAUUUGCACUACGUUAAGGCCAGCCAGUGCUUCUAUUAAUUGUGGGUCAUCGCAAUCUUCUAAAUCACCGUGUCCCAAUUGUCCACGGCUAUAAUAUAAUUGUAAUAUAUAAUAUUUAAAAAUUAAUUUAUUAUGUUGAAAUAAUAAAAUUUUAUAAAUCUAUUACGUACGUUCCCAUACCCAUCGAAUAAACAUCGCCAUUUUCUGCUAACAUUAUUGUGUGAUCAAAACCACAGGAGAAAUCUACAAAUUUUAUCCUUUUUGGCAUUUCUACCAAAAUAGGAAUAUUAAAAAUACGCCCUAAAAAUAAAUGAAAAAUUUUGUUACACACUCAAUAAGGACUUACAUUGAUUCAUUUAAAUGUAUUUUAAAUAUAUUCUACCUAAAUUUGUAAGAAUAACUGUACAUCCUCCUUGUGAUAUUUUGAUAGGAUAUUCUUCUUCCAAUUCAUUGCUGAAAUUGAUAAAAUUGGGAACCUUCUUCCAAGAUUUUUCAUAAAGACGAUAUUGCCAGAUUUCAUUAGUCGUUGUUGAUAUUAUUACGCUUUCCUUUCCAGCGCCAACAAUUUUACACCUACACUAAAAAUAGCAAUUUAUUAAUGUUAUGAAUAUAUCUUACAAAUGAUAUAAUUAUUUAUUUUCUAUUUUUAUAAAAUUAUUAUCAUUACCUUCCAGAUGAUUCUGGAAUUUUUAAUAACUCUGCUGCUUUCUUGUCAUCGCUAUUGUCUACUUUUCCAAUAAUAUAUAAUUCCAAAUCUCUCCAAAGAAGGAAAUAGUUCCAACUAAUCUCCAUAUUUGUAAUAUCAGAAAAAGGAACUUUUGUGAAUUGAUCCAUUGCUAUAACAAUGUCUUCUUCUUCCGUAAAUAAUGAACUUGCAUUGAAACCAGCAUAAAAGAGCGUCAUAUUUC